AUGCCUAAUUCUUGUCCUGACUACUCAGAGUAUUCCAAAGUAUUUCAUCGUCCCGGAAGUGGUGGUUUAUUGAAUCUGCCGUUUCAGCGGCCCAUUGAAUCAUGCAGAAAAUUCACAAGUCAAGUCAUUGAAUCUGUCAUCAGCAAUGUCACUUCCAGGAUGUCCAAUUUGGAUCUCGCUCGUCUCUUUACAAAUGCAUAUCCAAAUACUUUAGAUACCACUAUCCAGAGCACUGCCUGCCUCAAGGCAUCCAGCCACUGCUUACCACUCUCAUUUAUUAUUACUGGUGAUAUCAAUGCCAUGUGGCUCAGAGAUUCUGCUAAUCAAAUCAUGCCCUACAUUGACUACAUCAAGCAUGACUCUCAACUUAAACGCUUAUUUUUGGGAGCCAUUUAUAUGCAGGCCCACUUUAUUAAUAUAGAUAACUAUGCCAAUGCGUUUAAUGAGCCAUCGUCUAUAGAUGUUCUUGCGUCUUCUAUGUAUAAUAAGACGCUUGUUAAAAGAGAAGUUCCAUUGCGUGAAGGUGUGUACGAGAGAAAAUGGGAGAUAGACUCACUUGCAUCAUUCAUCAACUUAUCUUACCGUUAUUGGGAAGCCUCGGGCGAUAACUCCUUUGUAAACAAUUCAGUAUGGAUAGAUGCAGUCGAUUCAAUUUUGACGACCAUAAAGAAACAACAAGAGCCUACUUUUAAUGAAACAACAGGAGAGCCCCUACCGACAGAUUACAGGUUUUUUCAGACAACUGAUAGGCCAACAGAGACGCAAUUCCUCUUGGGCCGUGGACAACCCGUGAAAUAUACAGGCAUGGUCAAAAGUUUAUUUCGACCUUCAGAUGACGCAGCUCUAUAUCCUUUCUUUAUACCUGGUAAUGCUAUGCUCUCGGUUGAACUAGGACACUUAGCACAACUACUCAACAGUAGCAGUUCAAGAUCAAACAGUCAAAUUCAAGAGUUUACUAGUGAAUCACUCAGACUAUCGAAGCAGAUCCGAGAUGCUAUCUAUAAAUACGGGAUUGUAGAUCAUCCAACCUACGGAAAAGUGUUUGCAUAUGAAGUAGACGGUUAUGGAUCAAGUUUAAUAAUGGAUGAUGCCAACGUUCCCUCUUUGUUAUCCCUUAGCUUGAUUGGAUUUUUAGACCAAAAUGACAUAAUUUAUCAAAAUACUAGAAAAUUGGUCUGGUCAAGGGAUAACCCCUACUUCUUUUCAGGUCCAAGAGGAUCAGGCAUCGGAGGUCCACAUGUUGGUUUGAACUAUGCAUGGCCUAUGUCACAGAUUGUUCGAAUAUUAACAUCAAGUAAUGAUAAUGAGAUCAAAGAAGCAUUGGAUACCAUCUUAGCCUCAACUGACAAUACUGGAUUAAUACAUGAAUCUCUAAAUGUUUAUACAAAUUCAGGGGGUGAUAACAAUUCAGGAUACACUAGAUCAUGGUUUGCAUGGGCCAAUGGAUUGUUUGGGCAAGCCAUACUAAAGAUCGCCAAUGAACGCCCUUACCUCAUCUUUAAACCAUAA